AUGCUGAUUGUGUCUUCACCUGGGAGGAAGAUCGUACUUCUUGGGAAAACCGGAGAUGGAAAAAGCAGCGCUGGAAACACAAUCCUUGGAAAAAAUAUUUUCACCCCUGAAAAAGUUGAAAGGUACACAAGACACAAAAGAGAGAUUGUGAAUGAAAUAAGAAAGUAUUGUGGAGAGGAAGCCUUUAAACAUGCAGUGGUUUUAUUCACUCACGGUGAAGAUCUAGAGGGUCAAACCAUCGAAGAAUUUGUUCAGAAAAGUCCACAGCUGCAAGAGCUUGUUGACAGAUGUGGAGGUCGCUGUCACGUCAUUGACAGUAAAUACUGGACUCGUGUUCCCUGGGGUUUUCGUAGCAACAAGAUACAGGUUAAAAUUCUGCAGAAGACCAUUGACGAGAUGGUGGAAGAAAAUGCCUGCUUCACCAGUGAGGUGCUUCAAAAGGUGGAGAAACACAUUCAAGAGGAGGAGAAUAAUAUAACAGAGGGAAAUGUGUCUCCAGAAGAGCAACGAGAAAAUGCAAAGGCAAUUGUUCAUUGCAAUUAUCUGAAUCAAUUUGCAGGAGCAGCAAAAGGGGCAUUUGCCGAGGCGGGUGUAGGAGCAGUAGUGGCAGAAGGAGCAGGAGUAGGUGCAGGUACAUUAGCUGCAAGUGUGCUUGGAGUUGCCGCUUUUGUGGGAGAUGUUUCUGGAGGAAUAUUUGGUUGGAAUGCGACAGAAGAAGCUGAAUUUAUGGGCGAUGUCAUAACAAAGGCAUCAGACACUAGUGUUGUUUUUGGAGGUCUGUUUUAA